UUUGGGCUUUUACUUUUCCGGGCAGUCAUUGCAACCAUGGCAGCAACGCCGAUGAUUCCACCGCCGGGAGAUGGAGGCGCGGUUCCACCAACUAUGGCUGCGCCGCCGCCUCCGGGAACAGACAUGACCAGCAUUUGCUUUCGCGAUCAGCUGUGGCUCAACACGUAUCCGCUCGAUCGAAACCUAGUUUUCGAUUACUUCGCCCUCUCCCCCUUCUACGAUUACUCGUGCAAUAAUGAGCAGCUUCGGAUCCGCGCGAUUCACCCCCUCGACAUCUCCCACCUCUCGAAGAUGACAGGAAUAGAAUUUAUGUUGAGUGAAGUAUUGGAGCCUCAUUUAUUUGUUUUUAAAAAACAAAAGAGGGAUGGACCUGAGAAAGUGACACCUAUGCUGACUUACUAUGUCUUGGAUGGAUCGGUAUACCAGGCGCCUCAGCUUUGCAACGUAUUCGCAUCUCGAGUUGGACGUGCGCUGUACCAUAUAUCCAAGGCAUUUAAUACUGCAGCGUCAAAGUUAGAGAAAAUUGGAUAUGUUGAUGCUGAAAAUGAGAGUGCAAGCUCGGAACCUAAAGUUCCUAAAGAGACCAUUAACUUCAAGGAACUUAAGCGUGUAGACCAUAUUCUUGCUUCACUGCAACGCAAGCUCCCUCCCGCUCCGCCACCGCCACCUUUUCCCGAGGGUUAUGCCCCUCCCACUGCUGAUGGGGAGAAAAGCUCCGAUGCCCAACAGGAACAGUUGGCGGCUGUUGAUCCAAUCAUCGAUCAAGGCCCAUCCAAAAGAAUGAAAGUAUAACAAGAGAUCUGCAUUUGUUCUAUUUAGAGAGCAGAGCACUAGCAGCCAGCAAAUCUUUAGGAACUAACCUUGUUGCAACUGGGAGCGUCUUUACACUUCCAGUACUGGCCAGUUUCUAACUCGCGAUAAACAGGUAUAGCCGAUGCUGACACCUGAUAUGGUUUGUCUCUAUGUUCUUUGUGGUAUAUUGUAACAUAGACAGGUAUAGUCAUUGCAUUUAAACCGGGUUUCUCAUUCCUUACAGUUGGUGUUUAUGGAAUGGAAUAUAUGCUUGAUUUAGGUCCCUUGUCUAAAUUAGAUCCUUAUAGAACUUAAUACUUGUUUGCGACAUUUAUGCUUUCGUUUUCAUUGUAAUCACUGUACUAUAAGCAAUUGUAGACGAGUACCUAUGAUCUCAAAGUCUGGCUGCUAACACUUUAAUAAGUACUAUGUUCCUAUUUAUUGGGGGAGUA